AUGAGGUGCUGUGUAGUCCUUGUUGUGUUGCUCAGUCUGGUGUUCUUUUCGAAAGGAAGCACUACACCUCUUGAGACAACACCAUCAACAACACAAGGAAGUACAGCAGGAAGCACUACAGCUCUUGAGACAACACCAUCAACAACACAAGAAAGUGACGGAAAUGAUACAGAUCCUGAGACGACAACAUUAACAGAUCAAGGAAGUACAGCAGGAAACAAUACAGCUCUUGAGACAACACCAUCAACAACACAAGGAAGUACAGCAGGAAGCACUACAGCUCUUGAGACAACACCAUCAACAACACAAGAAAGUGACGGAAAUGAUACAGAUCCUGAGACGACAACAUUAACAGAUCAAGGAAGUACAGCAGGAAGCACUACAGCUCUUGAGACAACACCAUCAACAACACAAGAAAGUGACGGAACGAACCCAACAUCAUCUUCAGCAACAACACCAGCAACAACAGACUUCUGCAACCCAGACCCUUGUGGAAAAAAAAUGGCUAAAUGUGUUGCUUUAAAUAGCAAUUAUACCUGCCAGUGCCAAUAUGGAUUUUACUACAGCAAUGAGAAUUGUCAUACAGGGAAAAUAUUCCCAGGUGUCAUUACACUGACAGGAUCUUACAGUAGCAGUGUACAAAUUGUAAAUUCUCUGGAAUAUGAAGAGUUGUUCAAAAAUAUAACAAUGUUGUUUAAGGAUGCUUUCAAACAUUUAGAUGGCUUUGCAGAGACUGUCAUUGUGGAAAUUCAACUGAUUCAGAGAGAAAGUAGAGCUUCUUCUGCAGUUAAUGUAACAGUGACAAACCUGUUUAAGGACAACUCAGAUGUAACCGAUAUAAUGGUUACUUAUGCAAUAAAUAAUGAAACAGGAAAAUUGGGCUAUGUGUACACAGUUGCAUCAUACUGUGCUGCUUUUAAAUGUGAUACUCAAACCACACACUGCAAAGAAGCUAUGUAUCCAGAAUGCUUAUGCCUAGAUGAUUUUGCAAAGACAGACUGGGAUGAACUUUCUUGUUCAGACUGCAGUGAAAACUGUUCUUCAAGACAAAACAAGUACUGUGAAAGAGUAGGAGCGGUUCCAACAUGCAAAUGCAUGGCUAACUUCGAAAAGAAGGAUAAUAGCUGUGUACCCUGUCCAGUGGGCUACUCUGGGGAGGACUGCAAGGACAGUACAGAACUCAUCCUUAUAAUAGUGGGUACAGUGCUUGGAGCCAUAAUCCUGAGUUUGCUGAUAGCAGUCUCUAUUGUUUCAGCAAGAAACAAACACAGGCAAGAUCCAGAGCAGAAAAGACUGAUAAAGUCAGGAUAUUCCAACUCAGAUACCUAUGCUGAUAAACAGACCAGGAUGUUCCCCCGAGUCCAGACCACUUCUGGCCAUGCGAACCCAGGGUAUCAGCCAAACAAUCCAUAUGAGAUGCAUUCAACAAACAGAAGUCAAUAUGAUGAUUUGUAUGAAAUAUCACGGGAUCAGGAGGGCUUUAGGAUGCAGAGCAAAUAUUAAGUGACCAGAGCGGUGUAAAGAUAGAUGACAACCACAGCAAUGGGUCAGACCAAAUCGUUUCUCAGCCUCUCACCGAUGCAGAUACUUCAGCACAAGAGACAACAAAAUGUACGGCCUCAGCUUCUCUGAAGAUUUUCUAAAGUAAAACCCCUGCUUGAAAGAGACCAAGGACAACUCUCUGAAAUAAGAGAAAAAUGAAGCAGAGAGUAGGAGGAAGACAAUGACUUUCACAAGAAUUAGAGGGCUCCAGUGAACACCAGCAUUCUU